CGUGGAGAUUGCCUAUCAAUGAAGUAGUAAAAGAGGGGGAACGGACGGCUGAGGGGCGGAGAAGGCGUUGACGGAGAGCUUUAGUGGAGCCGGCUUCCCCGUCUUUUCAUUACUGAAUUCCAAACAAAGGCGACCAACAUGAAAUUCAUCAUUGGCAUUGGAGGAGUGACCAACGGUGGCAAGACCACCCUGACUAACGGACUGCUCAGGACGUUGCCCAACUGCUGCGUGGUGCACCAGGAUGACUUUUUCAAGAAACCCGAUCAAAUAGAAGUCGGGGAGGACGGCUUUAGACAGUGGGAUGUCAUCUCGGCUCUGGACAUGGAGGCCAUGGUCGGCACAGUGAAAGGCUGGCAGGAGAACCCGGUCAAAUUUGCCCGCUCCCAUGGCGUCAGCCUGUCACCCGAAGCCGCGGAAUGCGACUCGGACCAAAAAGGGAUCCAUAUUCUCAUCGUGGAGGGCUUCCUCAUCUACAACUACAAGCCUCUCAUCGACGUGUACGACAGGUGCUUCUACAUUUCACUUCCUUAUGAGGAGUGCAAGACGAGGAGAAGCACAAGAACAUACACGGUUCCCGACCCACCUGGUCUGUUCGACGGCCAUGUCUGGCCCAUGUAUCUGAAGCACCGUAAACAAAUGGAGAGCCAGUGUGACAGAAUAGAGUACCUCGAUGGAAUGAUGUCAAAAGACGACAUCUACUCUGUCGUGUUUGAAAGCAUCCAGAACACCCUCCUCAACAACUCAUAGCAGGAUGGUGGCUGGGAGGAACUUGUGUAUAGAUAAUGUAAAUAACGACGACCAUUUUGAUGACACGUACGCCUUAUAGAAUGUGUAGUUGUGCCGAGCAGCACACAUGCGUCUUUUAUAACACUCUGUCUGGAAAAGAAAAAGAUAAGCCGUCCUGCUUCGGCAUGGGUCGAAUGAACAUACAUGUGUACAUGUUGCUGUACACGUUUGUCAAACUGAAAACGCAUAAAGACAACAAAGCACUCCA